UGCGGGCGGCAGUCCGGCAGCGGCGGGGCCCGGGGGGCGCCCAAGAUGGCGGCGGGCGGCGCGGAGGGCGGCUCGGGCCCCGGAGCCGCCAUGGGGGACUGCGCGGAGAUUAAGUCCCAGUUCCGCACGCGCGAGGGUUUCUACAAGCUGCUCCCGGGCGACGGCGCCGCUCGCAGGUCGGGUCCGGCUUCCGCCCAGACCCCGGUGCCGCCCCAGCCGCCGCAGCCCCCGCCCGGCCCUGCCUCCGCCUCCGGUCCUGGCGCUGCAGGCCCUGCGUCGUCCCCGCCGCCCGCAGGCCCCGGGCCCGGGCCCGCGCUGCCCGCCGUGCGCCUCAGCCUCGUGCGCCUCGGGGAGCCCGACAGCGCCGGGGCCGGGGAGCCGCCCGCCACGCCCGCGGGGCUGGGCUCGGGGGGAGACCGCGUCUGUUUCAACUUGGGCCGUGAGCUCUAUUUCUACCCAGGCUGCUGCCGCCGUGGGAGCCAACGGUCCAUUGACCUCAACAAGCCAAUUGACAAGCGGAUCUACAAGGGCACCCAGCCCACCUGCCACGAUUUCAACCAGUUCACUGCUGCCACCGAGACCAUCUCCCUGCUGGUGGGCUUCUCAGCGGGUCAGGUGCAGUACCUCGAUCUCAUCAAAAAGGACACCAGCAAGCUGUUCAAUGAGGAGCGGCUGAUCGACAAGACCAAGGUGACGUAUCUGAAGUGGCUGCCUGAGUCGGAGAGCCUGUUCCUGGCAUCACACGCCAGUGGCCACCUGUACCUAUACAACGUCAGCCACCCGUGCGCCUCGGCCCCACCCCAGUACAGCCUGCUGAAGCAGGGCGAGGGCUUCUCUGUCUAUGCUGCCAAGAGCAAGGCGCCCCGCAACCCGCUGGCCAAGUGGGCGGUGGGCGAGGGGCCCCUCAACGAGUUCGCCUUCUCGCCUGAUGGCCGGCACCUGGCCUGUGUGAGCCAGGAUGGCUGCCUGCGCGUCUUCCACUUCGACUCCAUGCUCCUGCGCGGGCUCAUGAAGAGCUACUUUGGGGGCCUGCUGUGUGUGUGCUGGAGCCCCGACGGCCGUUACGUGGUGACGGGUGGUGAAGAUGACCUGGUCACCGUGUGGUCCUUCACUGAGGGCCGCGUGGUGGCUCGAGGCCACGGCCACAAGUCCUGGGUCAAUGCUGUGGCCUUCGACCCCUACACCACACGGGCAGAGGAGGCAGCAACAGCAGCCGGUGCUGAUGGGGAGCGGAGUGGCGAGGAGGAGGAGGGGGAGGAGCCUGAGGCUGCGGGCACAGGCUCGGCCGGGGGUGCCCCGCUCUCUCCACUGCCCAAGGCUGGCUCCAUCACUUACCGCUUUGGCUCGGCGGGCCAGGACACGCAGUUCUGUCUGUGGGACCUCACUGAAGAUGUGCUCUACCCGCACCCGCCCCUGGCCCGCACGCGCACCCUCCCUGGCACUCCUGGCACCACGCCACCGGCCGCCAGCAGCUCGAGGGGUGGCGAGCCUGGCCCGGGCCCCCUGCCUCGCUCGCUGUCCCGCUCCAACAGCCUCCCGCACCCGGCGGGCGGGGGCAAGGCAGGCGGCCCGGGCGUGGCGGCAGAGCCUGGCACACCAUUCAGCAUCGGCCGCUUCGCCACGCUCACAUUGCAGGAGCGGCGGGACCGGGGGGCCGAGAAGGAGCACAAGCGCUACCACAGCCUGGGCAACAUCAGCCGGGGUGGCAGCGGCGGCGGCGGCAGUGGGGAGAAGCCCAGCGGCCCUAUUCCCCGCAGCCGCCUGGACCCCGCCAAGGUGCUGGGCACCGCACUGUGCCCACGCAUCCAUGAGGUGCCCCUGCUGGAGCCCCUCGUGUGCAAGAAGAUCGCCCAGGAGCGGCUCACAGUCCUCCUGUUUCUGGAGGACUGCAUCAUCACUGCCUGCCAGGAGGGCCUCAUCUGCACCUGGGCCCGGCCGGGCAAGGCGUUCACAGACGAGGAGACCGAGGCCCAGACAGGGGAAGGAAGUUGGCCCAGGUCACCCAGCAAGUCAGUGGUAGAGGGCAUCUCCUCCCAACCAGGCAACUCCCCGAGCGGCACAGUGGUGUGAAGCCAUGGAUAUCGGGGCCCCUACCCCAUGCCCCCAGCCUUCUAGCCAUAACCCUCCCUGCUGACCUCAUGGAUCAACGUAUUAACAAGACUAACUAUGACAGAUGGACUGCGCCGGUCCCCCAACCUGCACAAAAUUUGGGGGCCCCCCCAGACUGGCCCAGACACUGGGGGAAUGUAAUGGCCCUUGUGGCCUCAGCCUUGUCCCCCACCCACUGCCAAGUACAAUGACCUCUUCCUCUGAAACAUCAGUGUUACCCUCAUCCCUGUCCCCAGCAUGUGACUGGUCACUCCUGGGGAGAGACUCCCCGCCCCUGCCACAAGAGCCCCAGGUCUGCAGUGUGCCCCUUAGUUGAGUGGGCAGGGCUGGGGGUGGUCCAGCCCUCACCCGGCCCCCACCCCAGCUGCCCUUGCUAUUGUCUGUGCUUUUGAAGAGUGUUAAAUUAUGGAAGCCCCUCAGGUUCUUCCCUUCCCCCAGGACCUCUUAUUUAUACUAAAGUUCCCUGUUUUCUCA